AUGUCAACGUCAACUUCAUCCUAUUCACUAUCACCAUUCCCACUUCCUCCCCAUUCCAAUCCCACUUCCACUUCCACUUUCGUGACCGAUAUGACUUCUUCUACCGCCUCGCUGCCGCCCCCACUAGGCCCUUUGUCUUCUUUACCAGCACAUUGUGAACCUCUAAAACGAUUCCGUAUACUGCUGUUAGUGACAUCCAUCAACUCAUUCACUCAACGUGUGAUCUCCUAUCUUCAAUAUUUGGGAUUCGAGCAGGUCUCAGUCCAACUAGCUACUAGUGAUGAAGAAAUGUUGAAUGCAGCUGAAAAGUGGGAUGCAGAUUUGGUUUUAUGCCCUUUCUUGACUAAGAAAUUACCCGAAUCCAUUUAUUCCAAAUGGAUAACACUGGUCGUCCAUCCUGGACCACCUGGUGAUGCAGGACCAUCAUCGCUUGAUUGGGUUUUGAUGGGCGAUGAUGGAUCAAUUCCUGAUUCCACCGAAGCUCUCGAUAUACUUCUCGACAAAUCGACAUCUGAAAGGGAAUCAACACAACGAUCACAUUGGGGUACUAUAUGCUUCCAAGCUAACGAAGAACUAGAUGGUGGAGCUGUAUGGGCAUGGGAACAAUACACUUUACCACCGAUUGGUACUAUCACGAAAGCCCAAUUAUAUCAAGGAUAUCAUUCAAACGGUGCUAUUAGCGCUACCAUCCAUGCUUUAUGUAGAGUAUACGAACAAACCGCUGGAUCAGGUUUGAACAAAGCAGAUUGGUUAAAAGCUAUUCCAAAAGAUGAAUGGUCAAGGAAAUCAGUAACGAUAAGCGAAGCAUUUUUAGGCGGUAAAACAUUAGAUAGACCAUUACUUCAAUCAACUAAAAGGAGACCAAAUUGGGAUGUUCAUACCGCAGAAGAUAUUAAAAGAAUCUUAGAUGCAAGUGAUUCACAACCGGGUUCAAUGUUAAAUCCAUUAACUACAAAUUCGAAAUCUUCUUUAUUCGCUUAUGGUGCUCAUCUCCACCAAGACUUAUCUACCAUCCCAGCGACUUUCUACACCUCAUUGGGGUAUGAGUCUUUCAGUGCUAUUCCUAAUGGAACGAUUAUCGCUACUAGACAAGGAGCGAUUUUCAUCAAGACUCGUCAAAUGCCUAUUUUUAGCGCAGGAAUUUGGAUCACUCAUGGUAGAGUACCAAGAGGUAAAGAUAAACCAAUCGAUCCAAAAAUUCCAAUGACAGAAGCUAUAUUAGCUGCAGGUCAUGGACAGGUUCUGGAGGGUAUCAAAGAAUGGAAGCAAACUACUUGGAUGGAAAGAAAAGGUGAAUGGCAAGAGGUCUUUGUUAGAAGCUUGGAAGAAAAGGAUGGUAUCGCUCAGCUGGUUUAUUGGAAUUUCUACAACGGCGCUUUCUCGACUUCAAGCUGUCAGUACCUUCUGAAAGCUCUACAAUGGGCAACGGCAGAAGAGCGAGGUAAUGUCAAACUUCUUGCUUUGAUGGGUGGAAACUACUUUUCCAAUGGUGUGGCUCUUAACACGAUCGAACAUGCAUCUUCUCCAGGUGCAGAGACAUGGGCAAAUAUCAAUGCUAUUGAUGAUAUCGUAUCUUUCCUUGUUGGCGACAUCUCUACAGAGGUGCCUGAUUUCCUUAAAAGUGUAAAGCCUCUCUCGCAGAAAGACAUAGCUACCAUAGCAUGUGUAAGAGGUAAUGCAGCUGCUGGAGGAGUAGCUUUAGCCGCUGCUUGUGAUGUCGUCAUGGCUUCGAGAGGAGUAGUCUUGAAUCCUUCUUAUAGAGGUAUGGGUUUACAUGGAAGUGAACUUCAUUCAUAUUCGUACUUCAAGCGAUGUGGACCCAUUCACGCGGCGACUUUAUUACGAGCAAUGAAACCAUUGAAUACAACUUUGGCUCACGAAUGGGGAUUGGUCGAUAUCGAAAUUGGACUUUCCAAUCAAACACUUUCCGAAACUGAACCAUUAUUUAUAGAAACGAUUCAUGAUAUACUCAUUGGUAAGAUGGAAGAUACGUCUUCACCCGUAUCAAACCUUGCUUGUGCUCCGUGGUGUAAAUCGUCAAUUUCCAUUCUCGGCGAGAAAGAGGAUGUCGAUCUUCAUCGAGGAACCAAAACAUUGGUUCACAACCUAUGUGAGAAUAAGGUAUUCAACUAUUCAAACCCCAAUAGAGACUUCCCACCUUUAUUACAUUAUAGAAAUGAAGAAUUGUCACAAAUGUUAUUAGACUCAUUCCAUCCUGUCAGGUCACAGAGAUAUCAUUCAAGAAGAUAUAAAUUCAUCAGAAAAGUCAAACCUGACUCGACUCCUUCAAGAUAUAUCUUACAUGAACAAAACAUCAAGGAAGACGAAGAAGAUACAAGAGGAUUUGAUAAUGCCCCAGGAUGGAUAAGAGGUGAAGAGUGGAAAUACGCUAAUCUACCAACUCCCGAAAGCAUGAAAUCCAGUGAAAAAACUAGAAUCGAUGUAUUCUAUACAGGUCAACCGAGUCAAGAUCAAACUGUUAAUCAAUCUGAACACAAAAACGAUACAGUCAACUCUACAACUUCGAGUGAACACCCAUCUGCACCCGUUCUAGAAGAAGCUAUCAGCUCCAUGCCGUUAGCCCAGAGAAAGCAUUCUGAAGCACCUACAUUACUUUCCGAAAGAGCAAUGUCAAAUUCAUCAAUAUCUGAAAUCGGUCCUUCUACACCUAAAUUAGAUUCAAAUUCAUCAUCCCCAACUAAACAAAAUGCAAGCGUCAGAAUGCAACCCUCAAUCUCGACUCAAUCUAGACGAUUAUCGUUGUUCAGAAGCACCAGUUCUCAGCACAGCUCCCCCAUCAAAAAGGAUAACAAACAACUCUCCACUUCUACUACCUCCACCACCGCGCUCAAGAAUAAGGAGGAACCUGGCCUACAAACAGAUAAAAAGGAGAAAGAGAAGCAAGGUGCAUUCAAGAGUCUGAGAAAGAAAGUCAAAAACGCUUUGAGAUCCCUGAACGGUAACGAUAACUCUUCGGAUAAAACCAAAUUCAAAAGAGACAAAAAGCUACAUGGCUUAACUCCCAGUCGAAGUGUGUCGUCCCAAUCAAUCUCCAAUUCCAAUAGGACAAAAUCAUCUUCAGCAAAUAACCAGCCUGUAAGAUCGAUAUCGUCCACUUCCACUCCUUCUGCUCAACAGAGGCAGAUUACUGGAGGACGUGUCCAUGCAAACAGUGAUGGCCUGGUGUCUGGUCCAGGAUCAACUUCAACUAACACUGAAACGAAGAGAAUUGAAGGUGAAUGUGAAUGGCCAUGUCUGACUACAGGCGGUGAAGAUAUUCAGGAAGAACAAGGGACUGCUCAAGGAACAAUUCGAAAACCUCUUGCUGAAGAAGUCGCUUGA